AUGUAUUUUUCCGUUGCCAAAAUUGUCUCUGCCUUUAUGGCCCUCAACAUGGUCGCUGCCAACCUCCACGAUAGUUGCGCCUGCCGCAAUGGUGAUAGCGACAACACGCGCCUGACCACGCUUGCCUGCACGGCCUACAACGAGGCUAGCUACGAGUGGGGUAGCACCACUUACGAUGCAGCUUCCGGACGCUGUGUUCAGGCAACUACCGAGGAUCAGAUUGCUGGAAAAGAAUGGCAGGCUGCUUGCCAAAAGAUCGCAAGCUCUGGUUUCGACUGUGCUGAUGGCGAGGGAAAGUGCUACGCUUCCCCCGACGAAGUCAGCGGCUCGUGCUAG